AUGCCUCCAAAACCAACCAAACCGAUCAAAGGUACUAUCUUAGUGCUACAUGGAUUUGCACAGAAUGGCGCUGGCUUUGCCAUCAAGGCAUCCGGUAUUAGAAAGGCGUUCAAAAAAGUUGGAUAUCAUACGGUGUUCAUUGAUGGACCAAUCAAAUUGACCCCUGCAGAUAUGCCAUUUGAAGUUAAAACCAAUGGUACACCUUUUGAAGAUUUGAAUAUGAGAGGUUGGACUUAUACGCAGCCUGAAAGGUUUGAUAUCCAGCCUUCUCUCGAGAGCGUUAGGGCUGCAUACAAGGAGUAUGGACCAUUUGUAGGACUUGUGGGAUUCUCUCAGGGUUCCGGUGUUGUUGGUGCGAUUCUAUCAAAGUUUAAUGAAGUUGUUGAUGACGAAAAGGCAUCUGAUUGUUUGAAGUUUAGUAUGAUUUAUUCUGGUUUCCUCUAUGACAAUAAGUCUGUAAAAAAAUACUAUGACGAGAAGAUCAAGCUACCUACUUUACAUAUUAUGGGAGAGUUAGAUACAGUUGUUAGUACUGAACGUUCUUUAGCAUUGGUCAAUCAAUGCGAAAAUGCCACUAUUAUGAAGCAUCCCGGUGGUCAUUAUGUUCCUAGUACCAAGGAUUUGGUUAGAAGAGAGAUUGCUUGGGUUGAGGAAGUGAUGAAUGGUGAGAAGGACCGUAAGGACCCUAAUGACUCUAAGGAGCCUAAGGAAUUUAAGGAACCUAAGGAUCUAAAGAAGAUUACUGCUGAGAAAGAAGAGAAGGAGAAAAGAGAAUUGGAUGAAUUGUCCAAGAAGAUGGCAAGGUUAGGUAAGGCUUAA